AUGUUUACCUUUGCCAGCCAAGGCCAGGAGAGCUGCGGGAAGGAGGCUCCUUCUGAGCUGGUCCAAGAAGCUGCAUUGGGUUUGCGCGUGAAGGCCGCAGCCCUGGCCCAGGGAGUCUCGCCGGGCGCGGGCCACUGCCCGCCUCGGCAGCUGCGGCCGCGGGCUCUGCCCGGGAGGUGGGAGACGGUUCCCCGCUGCCCCUUAGCUCGCUGCGCCGCGGGCCGGGCUCCCGCCUCAGCUGGAGGCGGCCCGGCCUCUGACGCGGCGCCUCUUUGCUUUGCCAGGAGCUUCGGUGGCGGCCGGCGCGGCGGCUUCAAGUCCCCGGUCCCAUCUCCAAGGCCAUGCCAACCUAAUGGAUCCAACGAAGAAGCCCUGCGAUAUGAAAUCGAAGAGCUGAAACAGAAAGACCUUGCUCUAGACCAGGAGAUUGCACAGUUUUUGUCCGAAGGCUACAGCCUGGAGGAAUUGGAGAAGCACAUCUCUCUGCUCCAUGAGUAUAAUGAUAUUAAAGAUGCUGGACAGAUGCUGCUGGGCAAGCUGGCUGUUAUCCGAGGGGUUACUACAAAGCAGCUCUACCCUGAAUACGAUCUGGAGCUUAAUGACUAGCAUUGAAGCUGAAGACUGCCAUAUCCUGCAAAAAUAACUGUUACUGGGCCACUGUUUUGGUGUCAUAUUGGUUUAGAGCUGACAUAAGCUGGCCUCGGAAGUAUGUAUGUAGAAUUGCAACAGAGUAUGGGUUAGCAGCCUUAAUUCUAAGCUCUGGAACAUGAAAGUUGUUGUAUCUAUCAACUGUUUCUUGCUUGUGAAAAGGAAUGUAGGACUUUAGAUAAUUUAACCUACUACCUGAUCAACACUAAUUUUAUUUUUUAAUUGGAAAGGUUGUAAUUCAGGUUGAUGUUAAGACUCUUCCCAUGAAGCCUUUGCCUCUGCAACGUCCAGUGCUAUUUGGAUACUGACUGGAUAGAGGAAGUGAUGGCAUACAAAUGUGCAAUGUAAUAGCUGCUUUGAAAAAAGUGAAAAAACCCUCAGAAAUAGGGAGGAAGGAAGGCUGAAGUUGUGGUUUGGGGUUUUGUUUUAUGAUCAAAUCUGGAUAAGUCUGGGUGUUCUACAUUUUUGUACUUAUCUGCUCUGGUAUCUAGAGGUUUUGUAUCAUUUCUGUAGUAAAUGGCAAAAUGUGAAGUUGUGUUGUUGAACUGUCCAGUCUGAAUAAAGCAGCUAUCACAUUUCUCAGUAA